GUUUUUAAAUUCAAUUUAAAAUAAGUGAAAUUAUAAUUUGACUAAGCAUCUCAAUUAUUGUUAGUCUGAUUGAAAAUUCAUUCAGUGUAAUUAAUUUUUAAUAAUCAAUUGAAGCUACCUUCAUAAAUACAAAUCCAUAAAAUUUUGAAAAAUAUCUUGCCGGUGCUGCUCUAUAAAUUUUAACAUUUCAUUAAAAGUUUAAUGAACUUUCUUAUUAUCUCUAAGCUGCUUUAGGUCGUAUAAUAACUUCUCGACAUGUCCGAAUCAGAAAAUAAGGAAUUGCCUCAAGAAGAAGAGUUAAAAGAUUACGUUGAAAACGGGAAAAACAAACUCAUUGUAAAGUGCAAAUUUUGUGGUUCGAAAAUACUUGAUAAGAAAGUGGCUAAACAUAUCAAGCAGGAGAAAGAGCUACCGCUCAUGCAACAGGAUGUCAAUCGAAAUGCAGGAGAAAUUGAAAAUGAACUCAUAAAGGAAUUCUACCAUGUAGAAAACAUGUACACAUUUGAAAAUAUCGGUUUCACUCAUACCGUUGCAAACACAAAAUACUUGAGCUGUGCUGAGUGUGAUGCGGGACCAGUGGGAUAUCAUGAUAUUGACACUAAACACAGUUAUGUUGCUAUAUCUAGAAUUGUACAUUCAUAAUGAUUUAUGCAUAGAUUUCUAGUGGUGAAGGCGCCUUUGCUUGGUGUCAUGAUUGUAUAAGUUAAAAAGUUAAUGAAAGAUAGAGUUGAUCUUGGAAAGCCUACUAUUACUUGGACUCUCCGAUGAUGUCACAAUUAUGUACUAGAGUCAUCGUUUUGGGGUUCAAUGUAAUUUUGUUGUCUUAACGUUCUUUUUGUAAUCAUUCCAUAAUAAACCAUUUAAGUGACCUAAUGUCUAAUUUUUAAUCAUCACUUAGCAUUACUGAUGAUAUUAUUAUGUAUAUUGUGUACAUUAUAUUGCACUAUUUUGAGCUUAUAUACAAUACAUAAUGUAGGUACAAUUUUGUUGUGUGUAAUGUAAAAGCUUAUUUCG